GUGAAAUGCAUUGCUCCGGUUUUUCGGUGGAAAUACCACCGUUGAGAAUCGAAACCCCCUCUUGUUGACGGGGUAAAAUGGUUGAUUUUCGACCAGAGAAACAUCAAGAAACUGAGCCAAACUGUUUUAAGCGUCUCCAUAUAACUCGGUGUUGAGUCCCGGUGUUGGUGCGGUCAUGGCGUGGCGGGAGAGGCUGGAGGCCGUGCUGAACGUGGGCCUGCGUGUGCCCAGUAUCAUGCUGCUGGAGGUGCUGUACCGCUGGGACGUCAGCUCUUUCUUCCAGAAGAUCCAGAGGAGCAGCCUCAACAAUAACCCCCUCUUCCAGUACAAGUACCUGGCCCUGUACCUGCACUAUGUAGGUUACAUCCUCAGCCUGGUUCUGUUAACCCUGCCGCGGCAGCAUCUGGUCCAGCUGUACCUGUAUGUUCUCACGGCCUUGCUCCUUUUCGCUGGACACCAGGUCUCCAGGGAUUACGUUCGUGGCGAGCUGGACUCGGGCUAUGAAGGACCCCUGUACCUGGAGCCUCUGUCUAUGAACCGUUUCACCACCGCGCUGAUCGGUCAGCUGGUGGUCUGUACUCUGUGCUCCUGCGUGAUGCAGACGAAACAGAUCUGGCUCUUCUCCGCUCACCUUCUCCCCCUGGUGGCCAGACUGUGCAUGGUCCCUCUGGAGACCAUCGUCUUCGUCAAUCGAUUUGCCAUGAUUUUCACCGGCCUGGAGGUGCUCUACUUCCUCGCCUCCAACCUGCUUGUUCCUUACAACCUGGCCAAGACCGCCUACCGCGAGGUAGUGCAGGUGGUGGAGGUGUACGGACUCCUGGCUUUGGCCAUGUCUCUGUGGAAUCAGCUGGUUCUGCCCGUGCUCUUUAUGUGUUUUUGGCUGGUGCUGUUCGCCCUUCAGAUCUACACAUACUUCAGCACACGCAGCCAGCCCACUUCCCGCGAACGACUCCUCUUCCUCUUCCUCACCAGUAUUGCUGAAUGCUGCAGUACACCGUACUCUUUGCUGGGUCUGGUCUUUACUGUGUCCUUCGUGGCUCUGGGCGUUCUCACACUCUGCAGGUUCUACCUGCAGGGUUACCGCGCCUUCAUGACCGACAACACUAUGCACAGGGGGAUGACUGAGGGGGUGACUCUGCUGAUAUUGGCGGUGCAGACGGGAUUGAUUGAGCUGCAGGUCAUUCACAGAGCCUUCCUCCUCAGCAUCAUCCUCUUCAUCGUGGUGGCCUCCAUCCUACAGUCAAUGCUGGAUAUCGCUGACCCCAUAGUACUGGCUCUUGGGGCAUCCCGCGACAAGAGUUUGUGGAAGCACUUCCGUGCUGUCAGUCUGUGUUUGUUCCUCCUGGUUUUCCCAGCCUACAUGUCCUACAUGAUCUGCCAGUUCUUCCACAUGGACUUCUGGUUACUCAUCAUUAUCUCCUCCAGCAUACUCACCUCACUGCAGGUGCUCGGUACCUUGCUGAUCUACGUGCUCUUCAUGGUGGAGGAGUUCCGGAAGGCUCCGGUGGAGAACAUGGACGAGGUGAUCUACUGCGUUAACGGUACGUACCGGCUGCUGGAGUUCCUGGUGGCGCUGUGCGUGGUGGCCUACGGCGUGUCGGAGACGGUGUUCGGGGAGUGGACGGUGAUGGGCUCCACCAUCAUCUUCAUCCACUCCUACUAUAACGUGUGGCUGCGCGCCCAGCUGGGCUGGCAGAGCUUCCUCCUGCGCAGAGACGCCGUCAACAAGAUCAAAAGCCUGCCCGUGGCCUCUGACCUCCAGCUCCAGCAACACAAUGACAUCUGCUCCAUCUGCUACCAGGACAUGGCGUCGGCCGUCAUCACCCCCUGCAGUCACUUCUUCCACGCUGGCUGUCUGAAGAAGUGGCUCUACGUCCAGGAGACCUGCCCGCUCUGCCACAGUCAACUCAAGAGCCAACCACAAGCCUCCAACUCCGCCCCGCCGCCCGCCCACGACGCCCCGCCGGCCAAUCAGAAUCCCGCGGAGGUGGGACAGGGAGAGCAGGCGCUAGCGGAACGGGCCACCGCGGCCGAGGACGGUCCGGAUGACGGCGGAAAGGAGUCGUCCUCGCCGGAGAAGCCGGAAGUGUCGGGGGAGGACUCAAACGCUGACCCCGGUGGAGGUGACGCACCGUUGGGCAGCGAGAGCCCAGAGGGGUCUGAGGGACAUCUGGAGGGGACUGGGUCUCCAAAUUCCAGUCUGGCUCCCAGUACCUGCCUCUGAGAGCUGAUGCCAGUGGCCAACUUGCAUUUGCCAUGCGAACAGUUGGGACUAUGCUGUAGUCACGUUAUGUUGCCAAUACGGAAAGCGUUGUUAUAGACUGGUUAAGCAGGUGACAGUGCACACACCCCACUCUCUGCUAAAUGCACUCCUCUGUCAAUCACAUUUCUUCAUGAAUGUCCAAACUAGGCCAUGCUGUAUUCUCUAUUUCCAUUUGGUGAUGAAAAAAAAAAACCUGUUAUAUUGUUUUUUUUGUUUGUUUUUGUCGUUCCUGUCAAAAUUUUGAAUACCACUAGGUAUCUGGGAUAUCCUGACUUGUUUACCGUUUUGUAUAAUCGUUUUUUUUUUUGUUUGUUUUUUUUUUUUUUUUUUUAAUUGAAUAGUUUUAUGUGACACGAGGAAUGAGUUUUGGUUGGAUUUCGAUUGGUGCAAAUGAAUUGUUUUUUUAGAAGAAACUGGUACUGCAGUUCCAUGAGGUUGUAAGUGUGUUUGAAAAGGGCGAACAUUUAAACGGUGAGAUUAAUUAAUCAUAAGAGAUUGGAAGGACACGUGCUGCGCUUGGCCAAGACGACGCAAACACUCGUACGAUGGUUUUGUCUCUUCGCCGAAACAACGCUCUUUUUUUUUUUUAACGAGGUCUGUUUGACGUGGCAUUUUCGCAUUUGCACUAACAUCAUUCAUAGCGAUGCUCCAAAGCUGUCGGGUCUUUCGUCAGAUACCCAACUGUUUUUUUGUUUGUUUGUUUGUUUGUUGGUGUGUGAGGUCAAACCCUGUAGAAAUCUGUGUACAUAGGCCUCCAUAUUCAAUACUCAAUAUUAUCACUUGUUUUUUUUUUUGUCGUUUAUUUGGUUUGUUUUGUUAUUGUUUAUUUGUUUGUUUGUUUUGUUUUUGACGAGCCGUACAGUGUUCUAAAAGCAACAACUAUGAUGACGUGUUCUUGUGGCUUGCGUGAACACUUUGGUGCCCUCUACAGGUAGAAGUGUGAUUGAGCCAAAGAACGCUGAUAGUGUUGUGCUGGUAUGGUCAACUAUGAUUUUACGUUAGCAGUAUUAAAACACUUGACAUUCUGAAACUAUGUUGGAAUGAGUACAUUUAACGAUGUAUGACCUAACACAACAGAUGCCAUUUAUAACGGAUUUGUAGUGAUUUAA